GUAUAGAUGAGCAGUUGAACGUGGACUUUGAUAGCGGUCGCUUGUUUUGAAUACGGUCUUAGAUUGGCGCCAAAUAUCUGUCGUGUCGAACUAAUUUAAAAAGUUUUAUAAAGUAAACAAAAAUUAAAAAAAAAAUCUGUAAAAUAAUUUGUAAACAACAAAAUACGCUAAAAAAUUGCAACAAGUGGUAAAAUUAGGGGCAAACACACGCGAAUACCUUUUUAGGUGCGCGCGGCCAACAGUCGUGAUUGGUCGGCCGGUGCUGUGAGAUCUUAAAUGAUUCAUACUAACAUGAUGAAGAUAUUGCUUGUAUAAGUGUACAUAGUAAUUCAGUUCGUGGAAUCCCCAGCUACGUUUAUGUGAUUCAUAAUUUGCGGUGCAUUAACAUUUGGUGCCUUUCGAAUUAAAUUGAAAAAAUUAUCUGCCUUUUAAUGUGUCUCUGUGAUUGCCGCCGUACCAUAAGAAGUGUUGAGUACUUCUAAAAGAGAUUGGCGCCAUAAAAACGCAAUCGCGAGUUUUGUUGUGGUUUUUCCCAGAAUAAUCAGUGUGAAGGAUUGUUUGCUUUUAUAAAUGGCUAUUAUUUGUUAUCCUUAUGCAAAUGGAACAGUGAUUUUAACAAAAUUUUCUCGCGAGUUAUUGCAUAGAUCUCUGGAGCAAAUAGUUGGGCUAAGACCGAUGCAUGAGAACUCACAUGAGCAGCUUGCAGAAGGUAACGACAGUGAGGAAAGGCGUUCUUCACAUGGCGAAGGCUAUGGUUUAGGAAAAAGGAGGAGGUCGACCAAUGGUUCCGUUGAAAGGAGCCAAAGUGGAAAAAGGAUUGUGCCUGCCAGCAGACGAAGGUCCACAAGCAGUGACAAUGACAGCAGCAGUUCUACAUCAAGCAGUAAAAGUACGUACACCGACAAUUCAAAUUCUUCCACGACCAGCAGUAAUAGCUGCAGCAUAACCGGUGAAAAGCUGAAAAAGUCUCCACAACUUCGAAUACAGACUGAAAUUCAUGGACCAUCUUCAACGUCGUCCUCUGUUCAGCAAUCGUAUACGGAUGCGACUAGGGGUAGGGAGAAAACUCCUUCGCCGCCCUCACCGGUAGAAGUUCCUGUGGAUCCUCGUGUUUGGAACGCGGACCAUGUAGCUGGCUGGGUGAAGUGGAUGACAAAGCAAUUCAAAAUUCAACCGGAACCGGAUGUUUCAAGAUUUCCCACAACAGGCGCGGAACUUUCCCAGAUGAGCAGAGCAGAGUUUUGGGUGUGUGCUGGUUCACGCGAAGGCGGAAUCCUGUUUGCCAAACAUUUCGCUUUGACAUUGCACAACGCCACCGGAAGGGAAACAAGCCCAAUGUUAAACGAUAAUGAACCAAAUCCGUACCAGCUCCUAAAUGCUGCUUCGCACCGAUUGGUUGUUCAAGGUUCGGGGCAGAUUCAAUUGUGGCAAUUUUUACUUGAGCUGCUCGCUGAUUCGUCCAAAAGCAACUGCAUACUGUGGGAGGGAACCAAUGGCGAAUUCAAAUUGGUGGACCCCGAUAUGGUGGCAAAACUGUGGGGAGAACGCAAGGCCAAACCAAACAUGAACUACGAUAAACUUAGCAGAGCUUUACGAUACUAUUAUGACAAGAACAUUAUGACCAAGGUGCACGGUAAACGUUAUGCGUACAAAUUCGACUUUCAUGGGCUAAUGGUGGCAUGUCAAGCACAAGCUCAGGGAUGUGAUCCUGCCACAAGCAUGGGCAUGUUGAGCCCAUAUAAAGUUCCUCAUCACCAGCAUCAUCACCACUCUUAUCAAUCACAACAUCACAGCUUACACCACUCGUCGAGUGUUCUUGCCGAGCAGUCCACUCCAUCGUCGUCCGGAUCGAGUUUAGGCUUCCUUUCGCCUGCUACUGUGGCAUCACCGAUGGCCGUGGAAGCAAUUCCAUCAAACGAUAUGGCUAGCCAGUUAACAGUUUCUCCCCAUACCACAAAUCUCAUCACAUCGACAAACAGCACAAUAGAAGCCACAACGCCCUCUUCGACUUCAUCCGCCACGACAACAGUAACUUCGACAAUGCCAGUAACUCGAAGUACAUAUUGGUCAUACGGCAGUCCAGGUUUUGAGGCAAGGCCCCAACCCCAACCUGAUUCAUUCAACUAGAGAGAGCCCAAUCAUACAGUGUUCCAUCGCAACCACCCCUCUCCUCCCACAGAGUAACAAGCAGGUUGAGGAAGAGAUUCAGCACAAAGAAUACGUAUUGGUUUGAAUGGCAUACCUUUUAGAAGUCCGAAUUUUCAUAUCGUCUUCAUUCUUCAUCAUCGCCACCCACGGCGCGGAGAGAUUAUGGUCGUAACAUGGUCCGUGGACGCUUAAUAUGUGUGAUAAAAUAGUAAUUUAUUAAUUAAUUAUAAGGUAUUAGACCCUUCAGCAAUUUGUAACUUUACUGCUUAGUGCGCACACUGGUGUCCGAUAUAUACAUAACUACGAUACUAUGUAGCAUGGGACAUGGAAGUGUGCUCGUUCUUAUUGUGUCAAUGGGUUUUCAUAGUUAGACGUCAGUAUCAUUGAAAUUGGUUUUCACAAGCAACACGUAUAUAUAAUUAAUUUUUUUUUAUACUUGCCAUCGAACUCCCUAAACUCCCUCUAUAGUUUAAAGCCUAAGUAUUUCUAAACAGGGUUUGAAUUGCUUUCACUGUGACUAUGAUAAAUAAACAAGCAAAAGCAACAGCUAUCACUAUGUUCAGACCAAAACUGUUUUGGACAAACGACUUUUUUCCCUUUAUAAUAAUCAGAAAACGAGUCUUUUUUCCUUUUCAAUUUAUGAAGGAAAAACGACUCGUUUGCCACAAAAACGAGCCACUCAAAGCAUGUGAGCCCAAAUAAAUGCCUAAAUUGUGUCAAAUAAACACAGCCCUGAAUAAUGCCGAAAAAUAAAAUUUCAAUUUUCGUCCUAAAAAAUUUUUAAACUAAAAACAUUUGCAGCAGAAGCAAGAGACAAUAAAUCUUAACAAUACGGCAUCAUGAACUUUGUGUUGCAGUGUUAAAAAAUUAAAUUUGCAAAACAUCUCAACUGGUGUGAACGGUUGAGAAGUUUUCCAAAACAAAAUAAGCAGAACUAGUCAGUGUAGACAUGGCACAAAACCCCGUUUACACUGCUCUUUGAAUCCGGAUUUAAUGGUUCGACCAUCUGUUUUCCUUUUAUAAAAUCAGCUGACGAGAGCCUUAAAUCCGGAUUUAAUGAGCAGUGUAAACGGGGUUUAAAGCAAUUAAAAAAAAAGCAGAACUAUUUAACUUGACUUCCCAAACAAACAGUUAAAGCAUUCAAAGCAAGCCAACCAAUAUGAACUUCUUAGCUGUCAGUAUUCAGUUAUAUUAAAUGUUUCUUGCUUUAAACUUGCUCUUUUUUCGACUUGCAUAUUCGAGCAAACACACAGGAAACAUUAAAAGCAAAAACGUUUAAAACCUGCCAAACGUGCAUGUCCUGCGUUAAUUUUUUUUUUCAAAUUUCCGGGUCUGGUUAAUAUUAGCCGCGUACAUCGAGAGGUCUUAUAGAAGUUACAAUUCAAAAUUUCAGCAAAAUCGGACAACAAAGGCGCCUUUUAUGGGCUUAAGCCCCAAAAUCAGCUGUUUCUUAUUAUGGUCCGAUUUUGCCCGUUGAAGAACUUAAAUUGCGUACAACAAAAAUAUGGUUCUGUGCAAAAUGUCAGCCCAACAUUAUAAUUUUUAAAGGCUGUUGCAUAAUAACUACCUACAAAGAAAUAUGUUAGAAUUUUACGACGAUCAUAUAUAUACUUUGUAUAAACUACAAUAAAUGCUGACAGUUUAGCUGUUCAAGCCGAUUCAUAUA